UUGUUUUGCCUAGAAGCGAGAGGCGAUCCUUUUUAAAUUGCAGAUACUGAAAUAGUCGUCAAGUCAUCCUUUUCGACUGCUAAGAUGGCUGCUUCUGUUGCAGUCAGCCAAACUCAACAGCAGCGGAAUGUUGGUGGUAAGCAAAGAAUGCUGUCCCAUUUGGAGAGCAAUAAGGAGAACCUGCCAUUUGAGAUGCAGUCCACUAAAAAGGAAAAUCAUUUGGAAAGGAUGGAUGUCAGUCCCUUAAACAGAGGGGAGGUCAAAGGCAAACAUCUGUCACAGAGUGACAAGGUCAAGGAGAAAGUAGCACUGAGGGACAGAAUCAAUGCCCAGCAGUACAGCAAAGGAGGAAACCAGAAGGUCAAGGCCACAUCAGAUUCAUUAUGGGCCAAAAAAGGAGGAUUAUUGAAGAAGGGGAAGUCCCUUCAGAAGGCUGUGUUUAGUGUCAACAACCCAGAGCCCCUGGCUGUAAUGGAUGAUGACUUCCUACCCAUGGACAUUGAUUUUGUUGACCCUUUAGAAAAAAUCCGUGAAGUCCAGGUGAAGAUCCCAAAAGAAAUCCAGGAAAUUCAGAACAAACUUGAGGGUCCAUUCAACAAUCCUGACUAUGCAGAGGAUAUAUAUGAGUACCUUCAAUUCCUGGAGAGAAGAUUUAUCUACCCUGAUAACUUUCUAAACAACAGUGGGGAAGUUACCCCUCAGAUGAGGAGCAUACUGACAGACUGGUUCAUACAAGUCCAGGUUCACCAGGAGCUAUCCCAGCAGACCUUGCACCUGACUGUCGAGUUAGUGGAUCGAUUCCUCACUUUUCGCAGAAUUCCUCUUAACACAUUCCAACUUGUUGGCAUCACAUGUCUUCUGAUUGCUGCUAAGUACAAUGAAAGAUUUGCCCCAGAGGUGCAGACCCUAUGUUACCUGACCGAUAACACAUAUGACAAGGAACAAGUCCUAAGAAUGGAGAGACAGAUCCUAAAAACAAUUGACUUUGACCUCAAUAUUGUGGAUGUCACUGUUUUUAUGGACAAACUCCUCCUGAUUGAGAGUGACCUGCCAAAAGAGAUGAGACAGAUGACCAAGUAUAUCCUGGACCUGACCCUGGUCUCAGAUGAGUUUGUCUACAGUGUGCCCUCCAUGAUGGCCUCAGCAGCUGUUUGUCUGGCCAGAAAGAUCCUGGUCCCUGUGGAGCCCAGCUGGACUCUGGGUCUGUCCUAUUUCUCUAGAUAUGCAGAGAAGGACCUCAUUCCCUGUAUGAAGAAGAUGUUGAGUCUGUUGAUAAAGGCUCCAGACUGCAAAUUUCAGGGAGCCCAAGUGAAGUACUCCAGUGAAUCAUGUUGCAGAAUCAGCCAACACCCAAAUCUAAAGAACCACCCUGAAGACAUACUACAGGAACUGACUGAGAAGGAGGAAAAUUAGACCGGGUCAUUGUAAUGUCCAGUGGGUCAGGAGUCAGAUCGAACAGUAUCUCAAGGGUCAGGACUGACAGUUUCCUCAGCAAAACACCAGAAGGAGGAUGAGAGAUUUAACAAGUACCUGAUAUAGGGGUUGUUAGUAGCACAGAAUGACUUCUCUGUAACAAAAGAAAAAAAAUAAUACAGGAGAAUGAAAGACUAACAAAAAAUAUUUAGGAUUUAAAAUAUUGAAAUAAUUGUUAUUAGAUCCAGUUAACAAAUUCACAGAGUUUAGUAUAUCUUAAUAAAAGAAUCUACUAUUUGUUCUAAUAAUGAAUAGCAUGACAUUCUGGAAAGUUCAGAUAGCAGUGAAUUCAUAGUAACAUAGAUUUGAUAUUAGAUAUUGUAUUGCAAAGAUCUCUAAUGCUUCAUGAUGUAAAUAAUAUAUAAUUUUUUAUACAAUAUUUGAAUGCAUUAUACAUAUAUGAGCCCUUUUGCUCAUCACUAGAUUGAUAUGUUUACUUGCACUUAUUUUCCUACAUUUGUACAAGGUUUUUUU